GACGGUCACGCUGUUUCCCAAUAAAGACUGUUCCUAUUGGAGGUUUGUUUAUUUUGGUGAAAUGCGACUCAACGAGCAUACGAAAUUAGUUGGCCAGCGGGUGAUUUUGGUGCCCUACGAGGCUCGCCAUGUGCCCAAAUAUCACGAAUGGAUGAGUUGCCCGACAUUGCGUAACUUAACGGCAUCAGAUGAACUCACUUUAAGUGAAGAAUAUGAUAUGCAACGAAGUUGGCGAGAGGAUAACGACAAGCUCACUUUUAUUGUGCUCUGUGCUGAAACUUAUGCUAACACAAAUGAUGAAAUUGCUGCCAUGGUCGGUGAUACUAAUCUCUUCCUGCGCUAUGACGACGACGAAGAGGAGGGUAACCAAUAUGUGGCCGAAGCUGAGAUCAUGAUAGCAGCGACAGAGGCGCGUGGUAAGGGUUACGGACGGGAAGCAAUGCUGCUCAUGUUAAAGUACGCACAGAACCAUUUAAGUGUGACCAAAUUCGAAGCAAAGAUUGACAUGGACAAUCAAAUAUCGUUGCGCUUAUUUGAAAGCUUUCAAUUUGUUGAAGUCCGUCGGGUAGAAGUCUUCCACGAAGUGACCUUGGAGCGCAAGGUGACGCCAGAUUGGUUGACAUGGCUAGAUCAACAAGUUGAUAUCAAAAGCGAAACUUACAAGUAAUU